CAACAGCUCAACUUUCGGACCCGCCUCUUUCCUGGGGGUGGGAGUUUGCUCCAAACUUUGUUUAUGGGACAGUCCCAGAGCUGCUGCGGCCGCGCUGUCUGCUUCUCCUGCGCCGGCUUCUCGCCGAGUGCAAGCGCCUGAAACCAGCUCGGGGGAUGUGAGAGCCGAAGCCCCUCGGUUGCCAGGCACCGAGUCAGGUCCGGAUUUGCCAGCUGGGCCGCGGCUCCAGCUCUGCAAGCUUGGGACGCACCCGAACGACCCAGGCCGGACGGCAAGUUCGGGCGGGACGGCGGCCGCAGCGCGCUCAGGCUUGGCUUCGCUGCGCGGCCAGAAGAUGAAUCCGGCCUCGGCGCCCCCUCCUCUCCCACCGCCUGGGCAGCAGGUGAUCCACGUCACACAGGACCUUGACACGGACCUCGAAGCCCUCUUCAACUCUGUCAUGAAUCCUAAGCCUAGCUCGUGGCGGAAGAAGAUCCUGCCCGAGUCCUUCUUCAAGGAGCCUGAUUCCGGCUCGCACUCACGCCAGUCUAGCACCGACUCGUCGGGUGGCCACCCGGGGCCUCGGCUGGCCGGCGGCGCUCAGCACGUCCGCUCGCACUCGUCCCCCGCGUCCCUGCAGCUGGGCACUGGCGCGGGCGCUGCGAGCAGCCCGGCGCAGCAGCACGCACACCUCCGCCAGCAGUCCUACGACGUGACCGACGAGCUGCCAUUGCCGCCGGGCUGGGAGAUGACCUUCACGGCCACUGGCCAGAGGUACUUCCUCAAUCACAUAGAAAAAAUCACCACAUGGCAAGACCCUAGGAAGGCGAUGAAUCAGCCCCUGAAUCAUAUGAACCUCCACCCCGCCGUCACUUCCACACCAGUGCCUCAGAGGGCCAUGGCAGCGUCCCAGCCGAAUCUCGUGAUGAAUCACCAACACCAGCAGCAAAUGGCACCCAGUUCCCUGAGCCAGCAGAAUCACCCUACUCAGAACCCACCAGCAGGGCUCAUGAGCAUGCCCAAUGCGCUGACCACUCAGCAGCAGCAGCAGCAGAAACUGCGUCUGCAGAGGAUCCAGAUGGAGAGAGAGAGGAUUAGAAUGCGCCAAGAGGAGCUCAUGAGGCAGGAAGCUGCCCUCUGUCGACAGCUCCCCAUGGAAGCUGAGACUCUGGCCUCGGUUCAAGCAGCUGUCAACCCGCCCGCCAUGACCCCAGACAUGAGAUCCAUCACUAAUAACAGCUCAGAUCCUUUCCUCAAUGGAGGACCAUAUCAUUCGAGAGAGCAGAGCACUGACAGUGGCUUGGGGUUAGGGUGCUACAGUGUCCCCACCACUCCAGAGGACUUCCUCAGCAACGUGGAUGAGAUGGACACAGGAGAAAGUGCAGGACAAACACCCAUGAACAUCAAUCCCCAGCAGACCCGUUUCCCUGAUUUCCUUGACUGUCUUCCGGGAACAAACGUUGACCUAGGAACUUUGGAAUCUGAAGAUCUGAUACCCCUCUUCAAUGAUGUAGAGUCUGCUCUGAACAAAAGCGAGCCGUUUCUAACCUGGCUGUAACCAUUGCCGUUGUAACGGGGAUUCAGCCAUGAGCUUACAUUUCCUGGGCCUCGUGGAAAAAGCGGUGGAGCAGAGCCAGUCCGCAGGUGCACCCCUUUCUGCCUGCAUGACUCGUGCUCCCCCCUUCUCAUGUUGGCAGUUUAAUCAUUGCCUGUUUGGAUUGACAGUAACUUAAGUUAAACGUAAAUAAAUAUUCUAUUUCCAUUUUCUGCAAGCCUGCAUUCUUGUGACAGAAUAUGCAGAAUUAUGUCUGCAGAAUUGAUUAUGCAGAAUACUUUUCUCUUUUUUCUCUGCUGCCCCAUGGCCAAGCUUUAUGGGUGUUAAGUUGAAAUUUACACAUCGAUGAUUAUAAACCAUAAAAAGUUGACCACAGGCAGUGAAUUCUGACAGGUGGCUUGGUCCAGGAAAUGUGUACAAAAUUAGACCUGAUUUACAGUUUCAAAAACUGUAUUGAUGACAGUAGCACAAAAUGCUUUAAGAACUAUUUAACUUGAGCUUUAAAAAUCAUUUUAUGGAUAGUAAGUUUCUGCUGUAUGGAAUACGAUGUAGUUUUGAAUCCAUGCUGGCUGUGAUGUCUCUUAUUACUCUGUAUUUACAAAGGCACACACAGUCCUAUUGUAGUUUAUCUUUCAUCAUUUUACUGCAUAGCAUCUAGACAACUUAGUCCUUCCAGCAGGAGGGGAGCAGCAGCAUUAGUCACAGUUUUCACACUACAGAUCUUGUGAAAGAGACCCGUUUGGUACUAAUUAUGAGCGUUUUGUUCAAACAAAGCUUUUUAAAAAUUGCAACUUGGAGUUUUAAAAAUUGCAGCUUGGAAUUUGACAUUUAUUUUAUAAAGCACUGUAAUUUUGUAACUGAUGCCAAAGGGCAGCCAAUGUUUUUGAUAAAUCAGUGGCAACUGUAUUUUUGUUUUUUGAAACUAUUCUGAAAAUAUCAGGACAACAGAGAUUUCAACCUGAUGGCACAUGCAUAAGCUGUUGCUUUUAAAAUUCUGAAGCCUUGUCAGCUUUGCUUUCAAGAUUUAAAGUGUUUAAAACAAUUCUAUCUAUGAAACUGUUUGCAGGAUGAAGCAGAUCUCUGACUGACGUGUAAAAAAAAAUGCCCUCUGAGGGCGUAAGGUGGAGACAUAUGUUUCUGAAUUCAGUUAAAUUGAUUCCUAAGUAUGUUAUCCUAACCCUGUUUGCCACAGUUGGUAUUAAAAGGCAUGAAAUAUGUAUUCAAUACCUCUUAUGUAACCAAAAACAUUUUUUAUUAGCUUCUGAGGACUGAGAGAGCAUCAUGUUCACCUGGCAAGCAGUCUGUGUGCGUUGCCAAUGAAGUCCUCAACUGUUUAAUAUCUUGAACUGAUAUUAUUUAUAAUCUAUGAAUUUAAUCUCUUUUUUGAAAGACAUUAAUAAUUCAGGUCUCUGAGAGGAAACUUUCAAUUUCCAUGGGGGGCUUCUUGGUUGAGGAUCUUAAAUAAGAUUCCUUUUGAUCUAUUGGAAUACAGGUGCACAGAAUACAUUCGAUCAUGUUGGAAAGAAGGCAAGUGAAAAGGUCAGAGAUGAAGUAGUAAAGUUAUGGAAUAUAGUGGAAAGAAUACUAGUUGUGAAGUGGAAAUAGACUAGUAUAUAGUAUCCCAAAAGCAAGACAAGCAGGAGAUGUGAGAGGUGCCCCAAAAGAACAAAGCAAAAAUUUUCUGCUACAACCUUUAUACCAAAAGGCUCUGUUGUAGGAGAAAAGAAGGUUUUGGUGCACUCUAUGCAGGAAGGGGAGGGCAGGGCUAGUGCUGCCCCACCCACACUCAUGCUGAGCACGUAGGCAGAUGAGAACAUAAACCUGCUGUUGCCUCCUGACACUAUGAAGUGAUUUUUUUUUUUCUGUAGGACCCAUGGUUUAUGUUCCCCUAAUUCCUUUCACUCUCCCUAUGCACUCUGAGAGAGAUGAGGGUAGAUGUUUUUAUUGCUACUAAAUUGAAGGGAGCACUAUUUUUCUCUUUUGUUAGCAAAAAAUUGCAAAAAGAGUUGUACAUUCUUGCUAAGAAAAAUAAAAAACAAGGGACCUAACAAAACUCAGCAGUGUUACUGUAUUUUUUAAAAAUAUUUUUAUAGACUCAUUUUCAGGUUACUACAUGUAAAAGAAACAGAUACCCCUCUUUUUUUAAGUAGUUAAAUCGUUGAUGAUUUAUAUUAUCAAUUUUUAGAAGUAAUUUUCUAGUAAGCUUGUGGCAUUAGAAAAUACUAGAGUAAUUUUUUAGCAAAAUUAGUUGGAACAUUUAUUAAUAAAUAUAAUAAAUAUUUUUCCAGAAAAAAAUAUAGACCCCCGACUAUGUGUUUACUAAUAGAUAAAGCCAGAUAUAAUUUUGUUGUUGUUGUUGUUGUUUUUAAGGCCAUAAAAUAUAACCUUUGUUAAAAAAAACACUAAAGCUAGAAAUCUAAAGUUAGAGCGAUUUUUUAAUGGCUAUUUCCUACUAUUGUAAGUGUUAAAACCCCUGCAGAAUUCAUGAUAAGGUGCUAUUUAUACUAUAUUUCUUAUUAUAAAACAACUGCCAGGAUAUCUGGUCUUUUUAGUACUAAAUCAAUCAAUAAAUCUCACCAUUUCAUCCCCAAAUUUUUUAAAUAGAAAAGGCAUUUUAAAAAAUGAAAUUGAAAAAUAAUUUCAGAGAUCUUUCUUUCAAAGUGUUUUUUUCUCCUGAUAAAAUACAUUUUCUUGAAGUAAAUACAUUGUCAAAGCGUAAUUGUAAUUCUAUUAAAUCUAAGUAAUUGUUAGACAGUGUUUCACCACAGUGUUUAGGAUGUGAAAUGCCAUUUCUUCACUGAUCAUACAGUAUGUGGGAAGCAGGUAAAGCAGUAAGGCAUUUAGUGUGCGAAGGGUGCUGUUGACCCCAACUCGACAGAAAAUCUCUCUGCAGAAGAAGAUGAUCUGGAGUGAGAAAAGGGUUGCAAGCUGUGUUCUUAUGACAUAAUUAGAAAGUAAAUUCUGAAAGUACAACUUUUCUGAAAAAAAAAUAAGCUGUUUAAAAAAAAAAGGAAAUUGUAGAUUAAUUUAAUUGGGAAAAUGGGUGAUUGACAGAGACCGUUUCCCUAACACACUACAUCAUUUAUGUGCUAGUACUUUAACUUUUUAAAAAAAAAUACUUCUACAUUUUGUAAUAUGAAAUGUCUUUAUAUUUAAUUUAGAAUGUUAUGCGUACAGAAAGUAUGCAGCCAAAUCAAUCAGAUCAAACCAUUUUACCUAGAGUUUGGUACUGGUUUUUACUUCUCUGAUUCUGUGUAAGAAAAAUAAAUACAAUUGAAUUUCCACUUUGA